UUGUUUUGUUCUAAUUUAAACAGAAAGGAUUCGGUUACAAGGGCAGCAAAUUCCACAGAGUCAUCAAGGAGUUCAUGAUCCAGGGUGGUGACUUCACCAGAGGAGACGGCACUGGAGGCAAGAGCAUUUAUGGAGACCGUUUCCCUGACGAGAACUUCAAGCUGAAGCACUACGGCCCCGGCUGGCUCAGCAUGGCCAACGCUGGCAAAGACACCAACGGCUCCCAGUUCUUCAUCACCACAAUUCUAACUCCAUGGCUGGACGGCAAGCAUGUUGUCUUUGGAAAAGUUCUGGAGGGAAUGGAUGUGGUGAAAACAAUUGAGAAAACAAAGACAGAUGGCCGUGAUAAGCCUCUUAAAGAUGUCAUCAUGCACGAUUGUGGCAAAAUCGAGGUGGAGAAGCCAUUCGCAGUGGCCAAGGAGUAAGAGCGCUGCUGGUGGUGGGGAGAACAGGACUGGGGGUGUGGGGGUUGAGGGGUAAUCGUGCAGGCCACUUUGUUUUAUCACUAACAGCCCUGUGGGUCCUGGAGAAGGGGC